AUGCCUCGUUUCCAAAUUGUUCGACGUUUGUCCACGCAGCACCGUGGAAGAGAUGGAACAGCAGGAAGAAGUGCGCGUUGCUUGGGGCACUGGCAUUGCGGGACAUGUGGCUGAGAGCGGUGAACCAGUGAAUAUACCAGAUGCGUAUCAGGAUGAGCGCUUCAAUGGUGAAAUCGACAGCAUAACUGGCUAUCGGACAAAAGCGUUACUUUGCAUGCCCAUUAAAGAUUCAUCAGGCGAUGUCAUCGGUGUGGCGCAGGUCAUUAAUAAAUUAAAUGGUGAAUGCUUCACAGAGGCCGACGAGAAGGUCUUCGCUUCCUAUCUGCAAUUCUGUGGCAUUGGCUUGCGUAACGCUCAGCUUUACGAGAAAUCUCAGCUGGAAAUUAAGCGCAAUCAAGUCUUACUCGAUUUGGCGCGUAUGAUCUUCGAGGAACAGAGCACAAUUGAGCACAUGGUAUUCCGUAUACUUACACACAUGCAGAGCCUGAUACAAUGUCAGCGCGUACAGAUUUUACUUCUGCACGAGGCGUCGAAGGGCAGCUUCUCGCGCGUAUUCGAUUUUGAAGCGAACGAUCUCAGUCACGAGGAGAAUACGUCACGGACGAGUCCGCAUGAGUCACGGUUUCCCAUAAAUGUGGGCAUCACCGGCUAUGUGGCGACAACUGGUGAGACUGUAAAUAUACCAAACGCUUACGAAGAUGAUCGCUUCGAUGCCAGCGUUGAUGCUGAGGGCAAUUUCAAGCACAAGUCCAUUUUGUGUAUGGCAAUAAAGAACUCGCUCGGCCAAAUUAUUGGCGUCAUACAGUUAAUAAACAAAUUUGAUGAUCUGAACUUUACCAAAAACGAUGAGAAUUUCGUCGAAGCCUUCGCCAUCUUCUGCGGCAUGGGCAUACACAAUACACACAUGUACGAGAAGGCAAUUGUGGCUAUGGCCAAGCAAAGUGUCACAUUGGAAGUGUUGAGCUAUCAUGCAUCGGCGACCAUGGAUGAAGCGCAUCGGCUGAGGCGAUUACGCGUACCCUCUGCAGCCCAUUUUCGGUUACACGAUUUUCGCUUCGAUGAUAUACAUUUUGAAGAUGACGAUACGCUGAAGGCCUGUCUGCGCAUGUUCCUCGAUUUGGACUUUGUUGAACGUUUUCACAUUGACUACGAGGUGCUUUGCCGUUGGCUGCUGAGCGUUAAGAAGAAUUAUCGCAAUGUUACUUAUCAUAAUUGGCGACAUGCCUUCAAUGUGGCUCAAAUGAUGUUUGCCAUACUAACGAUUUCCCAUAAUGGACAGGCGACGCAGUGGUGGAAGAUUUUCGGCGAAAUCGAAUGCUUGGCAUUGAUCAUUGGUUGCUUGUGUCACGAUUUGGAUCAUCGGGGGACUAAUAACUCAUUCCAAAUCAAAGCCUCCUCACCAUUGGCUCAACUAUAUUCGACAUCCACAAUGGAACAUCAUCAUUUCGAUCAGUGUUUAAUGAUUUUGAACAGCCCUGGCAAUCAAAUAUUAGCCAAUCUGUCAUCUGAUGAUUACUGUCGGGUUAUACGGGUAUUGGAGGAUGCCAUUUUAUCAACAGAUUUGGCGNUUUUUUUUUUUAGAAAACGCGGCCCAUUUCUGCAAUCCGUACAAGAACAACCGCUCAGCUAUUGGGAGGCUGACGAACCCCGUGCUCUGCUACGUGCUAUGAGCAUGACUGUCUGUGAUUUAUCGGCCAUUACAAAGCCAUGGGACAUUGAGAAACGUGUGGCCGAUUUAGUGAGCUCGGAAUUCUUCGAGCAGGGCGAUAUGGAGAAACAGGAAUUGAAUAUAAUGCCCAUUGCAAAAUUUAUGUUAACCCAGCAGAAAAUGUGUAACUGCUUUUUGUGUAACCCAGCAGGAAAUCUGCAAUUGCUUCUUGUGUGUACAAAUGAAAAUUUCUGGUCUACAUAGUUCAAGACUAUUCCGAACUUUUUCGGGC